AUGAAGUGUGUUAUAUUCCUAGCUUGUGUGAUUGGAGCAGUUUACGCUGACGUCAGCAGUUUCCAGCCCUUCCAACCACAGGGUAUAUACCAACAGCAACAACAACAGCCACAGCAGUACACCACAGAACCCAUCCCCAUCAUAAGACAAGAACAUGUCCAGAACCCUGAUGGAUCUUACAAAUGGAGUUACGAAACGGGCAAUGGCAUAUCGGCGGAAGAACAAGGGUACGUGAAGAACCAAGGUAUACCGGAGCAAGAAGCUCAGGUUGCCCAGGGGCAGUACCAGUAUACAGCGCCUGACGGACAGGUAAUCCAGUUGCAGUACUUAGCUGAUGAGAAUGGAUUCCAGCCGCAAGGCGCUCACAUUCCAACAUCGCCGCCGAUCCCCAGAGAAAUCCAGAGUGCCUUGGAUUAUUUGGCCACUCUACCUCCACCGAAUCCAGAAAAUAGAGAAUACUCAAGGAAUUAG